AACUUUGCUUUGUCUUCACGAGCUAGACACGCAUCCACGCCGCUAUCAAAAAGGUUGCUGCCACUUAAGUUUCAGAUUAUGGUCGUUCCCGUUACUGAUAACACAGCAGAUAAUGAGACACAGCCUUCGUGGAAGGAAAAUGAAAAGACUCCAAAAAUUCCUGCAACGAAAAUGCUUUGGUACAGGAAGAUGUAUCUUCCUGACGCAGGGGAAAUGUUAAGGAAUCCUGAAUCAAGUCCUUUGUUUUACCCAGAAGCCAGUUUCAAGAACUUUCCUCCUUUAUUCAUAGCAGCAGCAGAAUGUGAUGUCUUGAGGUCUGUACAGAAAGAUUAUAACGACAAAUUAAAAAGCCUACGGAAUCGAAUAGCAAGAUCACUAUUUAUAAAAAGGGUUCCGCAUACGGCCACGUUGAUGAAUGAGAGACUAACCCAAGGUGCAAACCUGGUUAGAGAUACGAUCGCCAGUGUCAGAGUUGCUUUCAGUACGUGA